UGCUUGAAUAGCGCAGGUCGGCAAUCCGCACACACAGUGCUGCAGGGGUGUCGUGUGUGCAGAGAUAGGGGCUGCGAGGGCGUGAGAGCUAAACCAAACACGGGAUCGUGUGUCUUUAGGGUGCUCAGGUUCCCCGGCGCCUCGGGAUAAGCCAGCGCGUUUUGCAGAGGAAGGCAUUUAGAAAGGAGGAACUUGUUUGUUUUGUGCACGGUAUGUUUUCAGUAAUAAGCCGUGCUCCGUGUAAGCUGUGCACAGUCAGUUGCUAGAGCAGCCUCUGGGUGCUUUUGACUUGUGCGGACGGGAGAAGCCAUCUGUAUGAAGUCGGGCCUGCAGUCGGAACUUUUUCGGACCCCAGGCUGAGGACCAGCAUGACGCAGCGGUGCCCGCAGUAAGUGCGAGUGAAGGCAGCGCCAUGGAAUCCGAAGCAGAGGAAGCGCGGCGCUUCCUGGACUCGUUUAUCAAGGAGUUCCCGACCCCGCUGGGCCCGGAGGACCCCCUGCCCCUGAGGCCCCUUAGCAGCGCUGUGAGCCUGGAGGAGGUGCAGGGGGAGAGCCUGGAGCUGGGGCUGAGGUUACUGCAGGACAGAAAUGCUCCCCAGCUUCUCAGCGUGGCCCUGACCAGAGCUGCUGUGAGCGAGAUCCUGCAGUCCGACCUCUCCGCUUUUCACAAGAAGCAGGACGAGGAGGAGGAGGAGGAGGCUGUCUUGCUGGAGCCCGAUCCCCUGCAGCGGUUCUUCUUCAACAGGCUGCUGGAGCUGUGCUGUACCUGGCUGGAGGAGCUGCCCCCCCUGCAGCCUGGAGCACGGCGCUUCUUGCAGACCUCUGCCCACGCCAUCAGAAACACGCGCCGGAAAAUGGAGGACCGGCACGUCGCCAUUCCAGAGUUCAACAUGCUCUGUGGAUUAGAGGACCAGACGGAGCGAGGGUACUUCGCUGUGUUUGACGGUCACGGAGGCGUGGACGCAGCGGUGUACGCAGCGACGCACCUCCACAUCAACCUCGCCCAGCAGGCGGAGCUCCUGAGCAGCCCCGGAGAGGCCCUGAAGAAAUCCUUCAGACAGACUGAUGACAUGUUUCUGCAGAAAGCAAAGAGAGAGCGGCUGCGCAGUGGCAGUACGGGCGUGGCCGCUCUGCUCAGCGGGGACUGGCUGCACAUCGCCUGGCUCGGGGACUCUCAGGUCAUGCUGGUGAGACAGGGGCAGGUCGUCUCCCUGAUGGAGCCCCACAAGCCAGAGCGUGAGGACGAGAAGGAGCGGAUUGAGGCUCUGGGGGGCUGCGUCGCAUUCAUGGGAUGCUGGAGAGUGAACGGCACCAUCGCGGUCUCCAGAGCAAUCGGAGACAUUGACCAGAAGCCCUACAUCUCGGGCGAUGCCGACGGCGCCUCCUUCCAGCUCCACGGCUCUGAGGAUUACCUGCUCCUGGCCUGCGACGGCUUCUUUGACACUGUGAGGCCCCUGGAGGCAGCAGGGAUGGUCCUGGAGCACCUGCGGGAGAGCCGGGGGGUGGGCAGCAGGGUGGCAGAGAGGCUCGUCUCCCAGGCCAAGAGCAACGGCUCCAGCGACAACAUCACAGUCCUGGUGGUGUUUCUGAAGGAGCCCGGGACGUUGCUGAGCGAGGCAGGAGAGCGCCCAGCCCCUUUGUAGGCUGUACCCCCCCCGCCCCACUCAUUGAGACCCUGAAACUUAGGCUGCUGGCCAGGGAUCUCCACUCACAGGGACCUGUUUCUUUCAGGGGGGGGUUCACAGAUUUUGCGAAACUGACAUCGGAACAGAAAUUAGCACUCGCCCGCUAUUUAUUUUGCCUGUGGCGUUGCACAAGACGUAGCGAUUUACAAGGACUGCUCUCUUGUUACAGAUUUCUAAAUGCAUCUUGCAGCGCUCAGGGUCUGGACGUGUUGUGUGUGUUUUAUCAGGAUUAUUAUGUUUUAAGCUAUCUUUGAGAUAUUAUGAUUUAAAGAGUUCCCUCUCUGUCUGUUACUUAUUAACUACUAACUGUUACAGUCUCAAAAGCUUGGGGUGCACAGAAACGUUUCAUAUGAGAGAAGCUGUACAGUAGGACAAGCUGUGAGUUAGACUAGCUUUAGGCUAUGCAGACAGCAAAUGCAACUCCAAACCACAAACUUGAUUGUCAUUAUCGUAACAGUAUUCAGAAACAGGCUUCUCUUUUUUUCCAGCUUCCACAAUCUCAGGGGCGCAGGGCAUCAAUAAACAGUGUUAUAUAGACGAGAUAAGCUUGCCUGAAGGGAACCCAUUGCAGUGCUGGCACUUGGUUAGACUUCAGACCUAUAGCUGCGCUUCCAUUAACUUGUGGCUCUGCACCUGGACCCAGAGACACAGGCUUUGCGCUUUCAGGUGUAGGAGUGAACGCAGAAUUGAAAGCUCUUUAUGAUUUGCAACAAGAAUCGUACAUUAAAGGUAGGGUUAGGGUUAAUUCUUUCUGGAAGUCGGGAACUAGAUUUUAAGAAUCAAAGCAAGGAAGCUCUAGAAAAAUCCUGGCUGCUGGUUGAAUAAUUAAUAACUCAUCGUAACUUGAUCCCUGCCCACUUACUGCAGGUUUUAUCUUGAAAUUGUUUGCCUCAGGUUUUGAUCCUGAAUUCCAGCAGUAUCGACAUUCAGGAGGUGGAAUAUCUGAUUCUGAUGAUGUUAGCAGCUUUGUAUUGCAAAGAGUUAGCUGUGGACUCAUAAAUAAAGCAUGCUGUUUACACUUUGGCAAUCUGCUGCCUUCAAGGCAAGAUUACAUAGAGCAGUUCAGGUUGAUAGUCAGUGUUCACUGGAACGGGGCUGGGGGGGUGCCACUCCACUCAGAGGGUUUUAAUACUUUCUGAUGUAAAGAAACUCUUUCAUGUUUGAAUGUUGUGUCUCGCCAAGUUAUUAUCUAAGGCAGUUUCUGGCACGCCUCCCUGUCUGUUGGAUGAAUUGAUGUGCACGCUGUAACCACUGAACCAAUUGAUGUCAGUGCACGGGCAGUAUUAACGAGGUGAUGUCUCCACACUGGGAAUGAGAAACGCUGAUCUGGUAUCCCAUGCUUUUCCGCUCCUUCACGCUCUGAUGAACCCAUGGCUGGGAGUACCAGUGUUGCAUGUUCAUGCUGAUAGAGGUGGCAGCCACGCUUGUGUUGCGAGGCUGGCUGUUUCAAUAUACUUUAAGAUCGGGAUCUAUUUUAAUGAUCUAAACGGUGGCGCAGCUCAACUUAACUCUUUAUUAAUCCCAGUGCUGUGUUUCCCUCAGGGGUCAUUUCUAGAGAUCCUUGCUGGCAUCACCAAACACAUUUCCAAGCAUACAGUGGAAAGAGGCUCCACGGUUCAGAGCGGUGGGUGUUCGGCUCCACCCUUGUUUGGAUCACUCGGAUAGCCUGACUGGUUUGGAUCAGCGUUUGACUGAGUAUUUUACCACUCAAUAGUUAGGUGAUUGGGUUCACACUGUAGACCCACCCAUGCUAGAUAGCGUUCAGGAUCAUUCUGCCCAACUGCGGCUUUGAGCCACUCAAAAUAACAGGUUUUAAAUUAGAACUUUUAAAAUAUCUUGAACAAUGUAUUUUAACAGAUGGCCUGUAUUGCUCUUCAAAUAUGUGUGUAUUUUAUAUAUAUAUAUAUAUAUAUAUAUAUUAUAUAUAUACAUACGCACACACACACAGUAUGAGUGUGUAAUUCUUUAUAUCUUUAUAAUAAUGCUUGGUUAACCUUUUUACAUGCAAUAUUUUUUAAUCAUAAAUUGCCUCCUGUCAAAAAUGCAGCAAAAUGUUUUAUCAAGCCUAUAUCUGUAACAUUAUAUUUUUUAUAUCUAUAUUUAAAAGGUAGUCUAUAGUUUAAUUUUAUUUUUAUCUAUCUAUCUACACACACACACACACCUCUAUAUAGAACAUUAAGUAUCAACUGAUUGGGUUACAAUCCAUUUAGAUACAGGUCACCUUAAAGUGCCUUAAACAUAAACUGAUUAUGUUCAUGUUACAUGUGUUGUGUGUAUUCGGUAUGUACUGCUUGUGUGUUUCAUUGUAUUGAAGUAUGUUUUGUAACAUUGUAACAUUACACGUCCUGUAGUAUUGCUGGUCAGUGUGAUGACCUGUUUUGGCAGAGUACUGGGAUUUCAGUUUGUAGGGUGCAGCCCUCUCCCUAGUGACACACGGGAUCAGAUCACAUGUCUGACUCUGACAUUCUUGGAUUAAAAUUGACUUUUCAAAUGUUUUUAUUUUGUACUUCCAGUUUAUAGUAUCUGAAAAGAUACAGGAAACGUUUUAACAUUUUUACAUUUAUAACAAAAAACAAAAAAAAAACUAAAGUAUAAACUGCCAAUUUCACCAGCCUGCCUUGCCUAUACCACUGAAAGUGUUGCUUGUGAGUGCUCUAUUAAAUUGUUCUUUGCA